CAACGCAGGCGUCAUGUUGAUGAACCUCACGCGCAUGCGUUCUUUCAACAUGAAGGAGCGCCUGCGUGUCCUAAAGAAGCAGUUCAAAGGGCGCAUCCCGUAUGGAGACCAGGACCUGCUGAAUAUCCUGUUCUCUCAACAUCGUGAAACGCUCCAUAGAAUUACCUGUCGUUGGAACUACCUCUUUGAGCACUGCAAUAUGAUUGCCGUCUGCUCCGACGGCCCAGUGGCCGUGCUGCACGGUUGGAGGGACGCAUUCACAACGCAACCUGAGUCCGGGUUUGUCGCUGUUCACCAAGCCAUGAAAGCGUACAAAUUAGAAGAGAAGCUUGUGGAUAGCUUCAUUCUUCCGUUGAAGAAAAUACUUCAAAGCCUGAAGCCAGCCAACUGCGCAAAAGAGUUUGCGAGACAGCUGCCAAUCUGGAAGCUAUCUGCUCGUCGCAUCGACAAUGCAAAGACCAGCAUGCUGCAACGCAAGGUGUCCUUCGCCAGACGAGAAGCGAAGAAAAAUGAAAGCAAGAUAUCUUAACCAUGGCCGUGCCGGG